GAUAACAAGUUCUUUUACUGGCCUUGGCUGAAGAUAGUUGUGUCUACCGCAAUCCUUUCUUUAAACAAACUGAAACUGGUGGGCUGGCUUAUGACGUGAUCAAAUAUCACGGGAUAAGAAAUACAGGAAUAUACAGCAAUAUAGAUUAUAGAAGAAUAAAAGGACAGAAUAAAUACCUAGCCAUUCAACUAUCCGGAGAAGAAAGGAGAAGGAAAGAAGGAAAGUCAAUCUACAGACAAAAGUGAAAGGAGGGGAAUAAUACAAUUCGAAUAGAAGAGUGAAAGAAGACAGUACUUCCACACCCCCUAAUGGAGAAAAAUAAUAAUAACUCACAAUAUAUUUAAGAUUAACCCAUAAAUAGACACAUAGAAGAAACAGAGAGGAAGACAAGAGAAUAGGAAAUAACAAUAAUAACAAAAAACAAACAAAUAAGAUAACAAGCAUCAAACAACUUUCCAAGUCACCAACCAUUAACUAUUAGAAAAUAAAACGAAUAAAUUUCAAAUCAAAGUUUACAAAAUAAAAAUAAUAAUAAAACAAGUAAAUAAAUAAGAAGAAUUAAAGAGAAUUGUUCAGACCCAUUUACAGGAGUAUUUAAUUUAUACUAGUCUAGCACAAUUUCAGAAAUAAGCUAAAGGAGGAAAGGAAUCACUGUCCACUAUAUCCAUUCUAUUCUACCUUCUACUUUGAUUGCUCAACAAACUGAACGAAAGAAUAAUAUAAAAAUAAACUUAUUCCAGAAUCAAAUGAGAGUUUAAAGAAGAUAAUUGGAGAAUUGACUGACUACCUUCUGUAAUAAAAAGAAUAAAUUAAUUCAGCCAGACAUUUAAAUAUAGAAAAACUCAAGAAGAUUAAAAUGAUGGCACUCAGAGGGAAAAUCGAGAAAGAAGAGCCAUAGAGACAGGAAGCGACAAGGAAAGAGGCCUAUAGACCCCAGCAAUAGAUUAAAGAUUCCCUUGGCCAAAAAAGAAUAAGAACAACAUUAAUAAUAACAACAUUAAUAAUUGACCCCUGAUGUUCUAGAUGGGAAUAUAGAGCUGAGAGACUGAGUGAUUGUAAUAUAUAAAAGAAAAGUUGGAGUGGCAAUUUAUUUGAGAUCGAGGGGCUGCGGAGGACUGGACGAGGGAGACGGAGCGAGAUAACAAUUCUGAGUUGGACAGGUAGGGAAAACAGUUCGGGUGAGGGUGAGAUAAUUGGAGGCCGAAGGACAACGAGGGACAACGAGUGACAAUAACCCAGAAGAAUGGCAACCCCCAAGGUGAAAGAUGAAGCCAAGUUAUUACAACGUAGACAAUCCCUCCCAGAGAAUCUGGGGCUCAAAGAUAUUAUGAGAGAGUUAAUGAAAUUAUCCGAAAGUCAGAACACGUUCCAGGAACAAAUGCUGAAUAUGAGAAAGGAAAUUACAGACGAACUCAGUACUAUUAAAAGGAAUUUUGAUCAAGUCCAGCAAGAAAUAAAGGAGAUAAAACAAGAUAAACAAAAAAUUGAACAGACUCAAGAAGAAAUGCAAGUGAGAAUGGAUAAAUUAGAGACUUUAAGCACAAAAUUGGAAGCUAGACAAGAAAGAAUAGAACAGAGAGAAACAGAAUUUCAGCUGAGAUUCAGAAAUGUCCAAGAGGAAGCAAAUGAGAAUCUGAAGGAGAUUAUAAGUAAAAUCACUGCUAAGAUGACGCAACGUUCAGAAGAAGAGAUGAUUGAAAAUAUUGAAAAGGUAUAUAGAAUUACAACAAAUUAUUCAAGAAAACACAAAGUGGCUCGUGACAUUAUUGUUCAUUUGGCGAGGAGAAAUCUGAGGGAAGAAAUACUGAGAAGCAACAGUCAAAACCCCCAGCAGUACAAGGGCUGUAAAAUUUCUAUUCUCAAAGAACAUCCAGUUUCCAUACUGGUGAAGAGAAGGAAAUAUAACUUCCUGGCGGAUGAACUGAGGAAAAGAGAUAUUCACUUCGAAUGGGAGAGGAGUGAAGGAAUGCUGGUCUCGUACAGAGAUCAGAGAUUUUGGAUUACUUCAGAGGACAAGGCUAAAGCAUUUUUUGAGAGAUUGAUAAAAGACCAAGACAGCGGGGUGUCACCAGAGGAGGAAGAAGAGAGAAGGAAGAAACGAGCUAGAUUACUCUCACCGACCCUUAUAAAUAAGAGCUCUCCCCAAGUGGAUUUGGAACCGAACCUUACAAAUAAGAAGAUACCUCAACCGGAUUUGGAAACAAAUUAAAGUAUAAUUCAUAAAAUAUUAAAAUAAAGAUCCAUCAUGCAAAUUAAGUUUUGGAGUAAUAAUGUUAACGGUCUGAACUCCCCGAAUAAGAGAAUGAAAUUAUUUAAUCAAAUUAAAAGAGAGAAGUAUGAUAUUGUCGCGCUUCAAGAGACACAUAUAUGUCAGAAACAUAUUUCAAAUUUAAUUCAAAAAAAUAUUGGGAAAGAAUUCCACUCAUCAGCAAGUGAAAAAAAGAGAGGGGUAGUUAUUUAUAUCAAUCCGAGACUUGAUUCUAAAUUAGCUUUUAGAGACCAAGAUGGUCGAAUAAUAGCAAUUACUUUAAAACAGAAUAACCAGAUUACAUUGUUUUGUAAUAUUUAUGCCCCAAAUGGCCCCAAAACAGCUUUCGUGAAAGAUUUAAGAGAAAAAAUAUUGAGCCAACAAUUUGAUAAUCUGAUAAUUGUGGGAGAUUUUAAUGGGGUAUUGGACUCUCAAUUGGAUAAAUC